AAAUUGAGAUAGGCACCGAAACACCGUUUUUAGAACAGAAAGGAAACAAUUCAGAAUGGAGCCCAAAAUCAGCCAACUUGUUUCAACCCUUUCUCUUUUCCUUCUUUUAGUCUCAUCAUCAUAUUCAAAUCCAGUACUAGUGUAUGAUAAUCUUGUCCAAUGCCUUUCCCAGAACUCUCCACCAUUUAGUCUCAUAACCAGUUUAAUCUACAACCCAAGUAACUGUUCAUACUCUUCCAUCCUUCAAUCUUCUAUUCAAAACCUACGCUUUUCUACACCUGAAACACGUAAACCACUGGCUAUUAUCACACCCAUAAUCGAUUCUCAUGUCCAGGCCGCAGUUAUAUGUUGCAGAAAACACCAAUUGCAGCUAAGGAUUCGAAGUGGUGGUCACGACUACGAAGGUCUCUCUUAUACCUCCGCUUUCCCAUUCGUAAUUCUAGACCUUGUCAAUAUUAGGUCCAUUACUGUCAACUUAGAAGAAAAUAGCGUGUGGGUUGGCGCCGGUGCAACAGUCGGUGAACUGUACUACCGGAUAGCUGAAAGGAGUCCCUUCCAUGGUUUCCCGGCAGGUAUUUGCCCUACUGUUGGGGUUGGGGGCCACUUCAGUGGAGGUGGGUUCGGUACCAUGUUGCGGAAGUAUGGUCUGGCUGCGGAUAAUAUCAUUGAUGCUUACAUAGUAGAUGUCCGUGGAAGAAUUCUCGAUCGAGAAUCAAUGAGCGAGGGUCUGUUUUGGGCCAUCAGAGGCGGCGGUGGAGCUAGCUUCGGGGUCAUUCUCUCUUUCAAAAUUAAACUUGUCCCUGUUCCAACAACUGUUACCGUCUUCAAUAUUCCUAGGACAUUGGAACAAGAUGCUACUAAACUUGUUCAUAAAUGGCAAUACAUUGGUCAUAAAUUUGAUGAAAAACUCUUCAUUAGAGUCAUUAUAGAAGCAGUCGGUGACGGAAGAACCAGAACAAUUCAAGCCACGUUCAACUCUAUGUUCCUAGGGAGAGCUAACCAGCUCCUAGAACUACUGAAUGAAAGCUAUCCCGAAUUGAGUUUGCAGCGACAGCACUGUAUGGAAAUGAGUUGGAUCGAAUCAGUCCUAUACUUUUCAGGAUACGCAGAAGGGGAAACCCCUGAUGCCCUUAUUUAUAGAACACCCCAACCGAAAAGCCUAUUCAAGGCUGCAUCGGAUUUUGUUCAGGAACCUCUACCAGAAACUGCACUGGAAGAACUAUGGAAAUGGUGUUUGGAGGAACAGAAGCCGAUACUGAUACUGGAUCCGUAUGGGGGUCGGAUGAGCCAAAUACCAGAAUCGGAUUUACCUUUCCCUCACCGAAAAGGGAAUUUAUACAACAUACAGUACUUGGUGAAAUGGGAAGAUGAAAAUACAUCAGAGAGGCACUUGAAUUGGAUACGAAGGGUAUAUAAGCAAAUGACGCCAUACGUGUCCCAGUGUCCAAGGGCUGCUUAUUUCAAUUACAGGGAUAUUGAUCUGGGUAGGAAUGAGGGAAUGGACACAACCUAUACGGAGGCUGUGUCGUGGGGAAGUAAGUAUUUCAAAGAAAAUUUCAAAAGACUGGCAGUUGUGAAGGCAGAGGUUGAUCCCGGUAAUUUCUUUUCAGAUGAACAGAGCAUCCCACCUCUGUUUUUGGAUGGAGAGAGGAGAGAGAUUUGAGAGCAAAACAAGAACGGAAACUUGUUCCUCUUUCCGCUUUUGUUGUUGUAAUGGCAUUCCUUCAGGAGAUGAAUAAUUUCGAGUAGUAUUGAUUUUAUGUUCUGUUCAAAACCGAUUGCGUGCAAUAGUAGAAAAAUUAUCGUAGUCGUCCUAGUCGACCCC